AUGCAGCUCGAGCACUGCAUCUCUCCUGCUCUACUCCUCUCCAAGAGAUUUAUGAGUGUGGGCAGUGGCUAUUCCAACUCCGAGGGAGCAGAGCUCGUGCUACAGGACCAUCCUAUUAUAUCUGCGAGUGACAACCUGGAGAGAAGUUCACCUCUGAAAAAAAACUCGAGGGGGAUGACAAAUCAGUCAGAAGCAGACAAUUUCCCGGACUCUAAGGACGCAUCAGGGGACGUCCAGAGAGGCAAAGUCUCUCCUGAUCUUCACGGAGUCUCUGAUAUCCGUCACAAUUUCGAUGGAUCUGCUGGGGAAAGGUACCUCCUUAGUCAGUCCAGCCAAGCCCAAGCAGUCUCAGCAUCUCCAGGUGCCAUGUUCCCGUACCCAAGCCAACAUGGUCCUGCGCAUCCGGCGUUCUCCAUCGGAGGUCCAAGUCGCUACAUGGCUCAUCACCCGGUCAUAACGAAUGGAGCUUACAACAGCCUUUUGACCAACACUUCUCCGCAAGCGUACCCUGGCGCUGGCUACCCGUACACGCAACAGUAUGGUCACGCGUACCAAGGAGCGGCUUUUUACCAGUUCUCAUCGGCGCAAGCUGGACUGGUACCCGGCAAAGCCCAAGUUUACCUCUGCAACAGGGCGUUAUGGCUUAAGUUUCACAGACAUCAGACAGAGAUGAUCAUUACAAAACAAGGACGGCGAAUGUUCCCUUUUUUGAGUUUCAAUAUCUCGGGACUGGAUCCAACAGCUCAUUAUAACAUUUUUGUGGAUGUAAUUCUGGCUGAUCCAAACCACUGGAGAUUCCAAGGCGGGAAAUGGGUUCCAUGUGGCAAAGCGGACACCAAUGUAACGGGAAACCGAGUGUAUAUGCAUCCAGAUUCACCAAACACCGGUGCGCACUGGAUGCGCCAAGAGAUAUCAUUUGGAAAACUCAAAUUAACAAACAACAAGGGCGCCUCCAAUAACACCGGACAGAUGGUAGUUCUGCAAUCCCUCCACAAAUAUCAGCCCCGGUUACACGUGGUACAAGUGAACGAGGACGGCACGGAAGACACAAGCCUGCCAGGACGCGUCCAAACCUUCACAUUUCCAGAGACGCACUUCAUAGCUGUAACUGCCUACCAAAACACUGAUAUAACCCAACUGAAAAUUGACCACAACCCCUUUGCAAAAGGUUUCCGGGAUAAUUAUGACACGGUUUACACGGGUUGCGACAUUGACCGGUUAACGCCCUCGCCGGGUGAUUCACCGCGCUCGCACUUAGGUCCGGGGGCAAGAUACGCCAUGGCUGCGGGCUCUUUCCUCCAGGACCAGUUUGUCAGCUCAUAUGCCAAGUCCCGCUUUGCCCCUGGCGUCGGGACCGGGCCUGGCACGGAUCGGAGCGUCUCACUUACUAACAGCUUGCUGUCCCCUCCACAAACCGAGGAGACCGCAGUCGGCUCCCCGCAGCGCUGGUUUGUCACCCCCGCCAACAACCGACUGGACUUCGCCGCCUCAGCCUACGACGCUGCUGCGGCCGCUGACUUCGCCGGUAACGCGGCGACCCUUCUGUCCUACGCAGCUGCUGGGGUGAAAGCACUUCCCCUGUCCACCGCAGGUUGCUCUAAUCGGGCUCUUGGCUAUUACGCUGAUCCGCCAGGGUGGGGCACCCGUACACCACCCCAGUACUGCAGUAAAUCUGGGGCAGUGCUGUCCUGCUGGCCAUCUAACACCGUGGGUACCAGGACAACAGCCUCCAACUACCUGGUUGGUCUGGAGGAAGGGGACGCACUUGCCCCGGAGAGAUCACCCCUCUGUGUUGGCGCGUCAGAGGAAGCCAAACCAAAAGACUUGUCCGAGUCCAGCUGGAUAGAGACUCCGUCUUCAAUUAAGUCCAUUGAUUCAAGCGAUUCUGGGAUUUUUGAGCAGGCCAAACGGAGGAGGAUUUCGCCAUCUGCCACGCCGGUGUCAGAGACGUCGUCUCCACUAAAAGCAGAAAUGCUAAGGGAAUGUGAUAAAACUGCGCCCAAGGACAUUGGUUACUAUAGUUUCUAUUCACAAAGUUAG